AUGCCCACAAAAAGCAUCAACUGGCACGCCAUCAAGGCCGCAUCUGACCACGGCUUCCUCGCUCACGGUGAUAAUCCAAAGUUCCGCUCCAUGCGCAUCAAGUUCGAAGUACCCCUGGCUCAUAAUGAUCCGCAAUGCGACGAAAAGAUACAACUACACGCAGAGCUCGUCUACGGGUACGGCCAGUCUCAGACCAAAUAUGACCUGUCCGAUGGCGGCCUGGCCAAGUCCCUGGGUCCUCUAACCUCCCCGCUGUGCCCUGGCAGCUCAUCCACCCUCGCCGUCUACCUCUGCGGCGGGCCCGGCUCCGACAACCCGGCCUUUGCGUACGAGGAUCUGACCAAAAGCCUCCUCGAUAUGAUAAAGACUCCUGUGCUUUACCUUGACUACCGCGGCACCGUGUCUAGAAAGGCCAACGCCCAACUCAGCAAGUACCGCAUCACGAAUAGUAGCUUUGAGGGGUUAAGCUCACAGCAAGUGGCACAGCGCCUGAUGCUUUACCGGCAGGAUUCAAUCGUGGCGGACUUUGAGGCAGUGCGGCUUUGUUUGAACAAUAUCUGCCAGAGGGAUAUCAAGUUCGCAUUGCUGGGGCAGUCAUAUGGCGGCUGGAUCGCCAUGACCUAUCUGUCUUUCUUGCCAGAGAGUUUGGCAAGGGUGUGGAUCACCGGCGGGAUGCCUCCAAUUGGGAAGACGCCCGAGGUCGUGUACACGGCGCUGUUUGAGCGGGUGACCCACAUGAAUGAGUUGCAUUACAACAAGUAUCCAAAAGAUAAGGAUGAUGUGUUGAAGAUCGUGAAGCUUCUCGCCAACGAACACGGAGGAAAUGGAAUCAGGCUUCCUAACGGGCAGAGACUAACUGCGCGUGGGUUCCUAACUAUGGGGCGACACUUAGGAGGAGGAGAGGCCGGGUUCAAGAAAUUUCACGCGCAUGUGGACGGGUUGGCAACCAAAGGCAAAAGUUACGAAGGGCUCAACAGAGAGGACAUCACUGGAUUCAAGUUGACAGAGAGGCCGCUUUAUGCUGUUCUGCACGAAUCCAUUUACUGCUGCUGCCCUGGGGUGGCAUCCAAGUGGGCGGCGCAGCGGGUUGGGAGAGGACCCGAAAUGGUCGAGAAAUUCCCGUGGCUCAAGGAGAAGUUCAACUUUACCUCUGGGUCCUUGGGAAAACUCUACUUCUCAGGGGAGAUGAUCUACGACUUCAUGUUGCAGGAUGCGGGCCUGACCAAGCUUGCCGAAGCGUCCAGCAUACUUGCCGAGAUUGAGGAUUGGCCGGAGCUCUACGAUAUCAACGUUCUGAAGGGAAACCAAGUGCCGCUGACAGCUCUAAUAUAUCCGAACGACAUGUAUGUGGAUUCCAAGCUCUCUUGGGAAACAGUAAAAACGAUAGUGCCGAGUUGCAUAGCAAUCCAGGCACCCGAGAAAUGGCACCAUGGCCGCGUCAAGACAAACAGUCUCGAGCAACCGGAGACCUCAUGUGUUGGUUACUCGUCAUGCAUGUUCCUCGUUGAGAUGCACUGA